CGCACAAACGUCUGAGCAACCAUGGCGAAAAGUACUAAGGAUUAUCUGGAGGAUACUUUUAAUGAUCUAGGGACGGACGAGCUCAAGAGCUUUAAAAACAAACUCUGCGAUCGAAAGAAAGGAGCGGGAAUCCGAAAAGCUCAACUCCAAAAAGUUGCCGACGCUAUAGAUCUCGCUGAUUUAAUGGUGCGCACUUUCACAUCGACUGGUGCGGUUCCUGUAGCAAUUGAAAUUUUGGAGGCUAUUGGCUGUAAUGAACCAGCAGCGGAGCUCAAAGAGAACGCAGGACACGGUUUACCUGUGGCUCAGUCACGUGGGGAUGUAGUAGACUAUGGAGCAAGUCAGGGUCUGAAGGUUGAGCUUACUCUGUCAGAUGAUUGGCAUGAACAAUUGCAUGUUGUUUUAUGCAGCCAGCAAUUUAAAAACCAAAUUAUAAGAGAAAAUGGACAUGAGAUUUACAAUGUAAAAGAAAAGUAUGUAAGAAAACGUCUUGCCCUGCUUAUCAACAACAUCGAUUUUGACGAUAAGGCUAUGACAAGAAGAGGGGCAGACAGAGAUGAACAAAACAUGGAAUGGCUGUUAAAGGAGCUGGAUUAUAAAGUUGUCAAGUACAGAAAUCUCUCUGCAAAGGACAUGGAGCAAGCAGUCAUGGAUUUUGCUCGACGUGAAGAACAUGCACAUUCAGACAGCACCUUUGUGGUUAUAAUGUCCCACGGCAAAAGGGAUGCCAUAUUGGGUGUCCAUUAUACAGCAUCCAAUCCCUCUGAUACCUUCCCGGUUGAUAAUGUCUACCGCUGUCUGAACACUGAGAAAUGUCCAGGUCUGCGAGAUAAACCAAAGGUUAUUCUCCUCCAAGCCUGCAGGGGAGGGGACAGUGGACGCUUGUGGGCCAGUGACGGCGAGCCUGAUGAGCCAGUGAAAAUAGAGGGCGAUGACUUUGUGCACAAAGAGAAAGACUUCAUUUCUCUGAUGUCCUGCACCCCAGACACCAAAUCUUACAGGCAUGUUGAGAAUGGAACAUUUUAUGUCCAAAACGUAGUGGAUGUUUUAAUGAAACAUGCACAUAAGGAUCACAUUGAGGAAUUGUUCAGAAAGGUUAUUCAACGCUUUGAAAGCACAGAAAUGAUGGGGGACUACAAGCAAAUGGCAUGUAAAGACAGAGCGUCACUGCCAAAGUUGUUCUACCUGUUCCCCGGACUCUGCUACAGCUAUAAUGAAGUAUUUGCAUUGGAUGAUAAUAGUAAUGAGAGCACAGGAACUAUGGCGAAAUCUAAUAAGGAUCACCUGCAGGAUAUUUUUGAUGAUCUUGGAGCGGAAGAUCAGAGAAAGUUCAAAAGCAAAUUGUGCGACCGGAGGACAGAGCCGCGCGUACGACGAGCUGCAGUGGAAAAGGCUGUGGAUUCUAUAGAUCUCGCCGAUUUAAUGGUGAACGCUUUCACAUCGACUGGUGCUGUUGCUGUAACAAUCGAGAUUUUACAGGCUAUUGGCUGUAAUGAACCAGCGCAGGAUCUCAUCAAAAACACGGGACAAUCAGGCCCAAGCGCUCCAUCUACUGCAGCUCCACAUGUUCCUUCACCAGCCCCAGGCCCAAGCGCUUCAUCUACUGAGCACUUCAUCGAUAGGAAUCGGGUGAUGCUGAUAAAACGAGUGCAUAAUGUAGACGGCAUCCUAGAUGAACUUCUUCAGAUGAGAGUGAUCACAGAUGAGGAUUACAGUAACAUCCGUGCUGAGAAAACCUCAACAAUCAAGAUGAGAGAAUUAUUAAUGGGCCCGAUUAAAUCUGCUGGCACUAGAGGGAAAGAUGGCUUAUACGAAGCUCUCAAGGUCAUUGAGCCUUGCUUGACAGAAGAACUGGAGCAUCAGUGAAAAGCCAUUUAAUGUUUCUAUUUGCUUGUCUACUUCGUAUACAGGAUACAUAACGAAAUCAAGGAACUUCCAUUUUUUAAUAACAGCAAACAAAUUUUGUUUAAACAUUUUAACUUGCCAUCAUUUGAAUGUUGUUUCCUUUACUUUUCUUCUUCCAAAAAGACAAACUGUCACAAAAUCAGGUGCAACCAAAAUCUCGCUUGCUAGCUGAAGAUAAUAAACACUUGUCCAAUAUCUUGAAAAAAUUGGUCUUUGUCGACUUAUCUUUUUAUCACCAGUCAAUAAACAAGCAAAUCAUGAA